AUGCCUCAAGAAUUGGGAGUUCUAAACGCACUUGAUGUUGCAAAGACCCAAUGGUACCAUUUCACAGCCAUCAUCAUAGCUGGAAUGGGGUUCUUCACCGACGCCUACGAUCUUUUCUGCAUUGCAGUGGUGUCGAAAUUGCUCGGUCGGAUAUACUACUACACACCAGGGUCUCUUCGGCCGGGGUCACUUCCUCCGAACGUGUCGGCUGCGGUGAGCGGAGUGGCACUAUGUGGAACGCUGGCGGGGCAGCUGUUCUUCGGGUGGCUGGGUGACAAGAUGGGAAGGAAGAAAGUGUAUGGUAUAACGUUGGUUCUGAUGGUGGUAUGUUCAUUUGGGUCAGGGCUUAGUUUUGGGCACUCGGCCAAAGCAACAAUGACGACUUUAUGUCUAUUUCGGUUCUGGCUUGGGUUUGGGAUUGGUGGUGAUUACCCACUUUCCGCCACAAUUAUGUCUGAAUAUGCAAAUAAGAAAACUCGUGGGGCUUUUAUAGCAGCUGUUUUUGCCAUGCAAGGAUUUGGAAUUUUGGCUGGUGGGAUCGUCGCUUUGAUUGUUUCAGCUGCAUUCAACAAGAGAUUCUCAGCACCUUCAUACGAGCAGGACCCAGUCGGCUCAACCGUACCAGAGGCGGACUAUGUAUGGCGCGUAGUUCUAAUGUUCGGUGCCAUCCCUGCAGGAUUGACAUACUAUUGGCGUAUGAAAAUGCCCGAAACAGCCCGUUACACCGCUCUAGUGGCGAAAAAUGCGAAACAAGCUGCAGCGGACAUGUCGAAAGUGUUACAAGUAGAGGUGGAGGCAGAGCAAGAGAAGUUAGAGAAAAUAGUAGGCACAACCAAAAACAGCUUCGGCUUGUUUUCCAAACAGUUCCUCAAACGCCAUGGCCUCCAUUUGCUUGGAACCACAAGCACUUGGUUCUUACUAGACAUUGCAUUUUAUAGCCAAAACCUCUUCCAAAAAGACAUUUUCACCGCAAUUGGUUGGCUCCCUCCCGCUAAGACCAUGAGCGGUUUAGAAGAGUGCUUCCGCAUCGCCAAGGCCCAAACCCUCAUUGCGCUUUGUGGGACCGUGCCAGGCUAUUGGUUCACCGUGGCUUUGAUUGAUAUCAUUGGCAGAUUCACCAUCCAAUUAAUUGGGUUCAUUAUGAUGACUAUUUUCAUGUUCGCCCUUGCUUUCCCUUACAACCAUUGGAUUUUGAAAGAGAAUCGAAUUGGGUUUUUGGUCAUGUAUUCCUUGACCUUUUUCUUUGCUAAUUUUGGGCCUAAUUCCACUACUUUUAUUGUUCCUGCUGAAAUCUUCCCGGCUAGGUUUAGGUCCACGUGUCACGGCAUCUCCGCCGCCGCCGGCAAGGCCGGAGCAAUCAUCGGUGCUUUUGGGUUUUUGUAUGCAGCACAAAAUCCCGACCCGGCAAAGACCGACCCAGGUUACCCAGCGGGUAUUGGUGUCAAGAACUCUCUCAUUGCACUUGGUUGCAUUAAUUUCGUCGGCAGUUUGCUUACCUUGUUGGUGCCGGAACCUAAAGGAAAAUCCCUCGAAGAGUUGACCGGUGAGAACGAGGCACCGGAGGAAAAUGUCGUUGGCCACCAACAAGUGUGA